AUGGCCUCGUCGCGAAUCUUGAUUGCCAUUGCUGUUCUUGCAAUGGUUGUUGCUCCAGCUUUUGCAGUUGAGCAUAUUGUCGGAGAUGAGAAAGGGUGGGCUCUCAACUUCGAUUACCAAGCAUGGUCCGAGGGGAAAGAGUUUCGAGUCGGCGACAAACUAGUAUUCAAAUACCCAGAAGGAGCUCACGACGUCCUCAAGGUGGACGGAGCAGCUUUCCAACAAUGUGCGGCGCCGGCCACGGCCGAAGCUCUGACCUCCGGCGACGACGUGAUUGAACUGGCAACGCCGGGAAGGAAAUGGUACAUUUGCGGCAUUGGCAGACACUGCGAGGCUGGAAAAAUGAAGCUUGCCAUAACUGUUCUGCCUGAGCGGGUUGAAUCUCCGGCAUCUUCGCCUUCCGGCGAUGAGGCACCGGGCCCCAACUCGUCUUCGGCGGCCAGCAGGAUUGCUUUGCCCAAGUAUGCUGCAUGGAUGGCUGGGUUCUUUGGGAUCGUCUUCAUGAUUAUGGUUUGA